AUGCCUGCUCUACGCGCUGCCCAGGCACUGCGCCCUGCCAUCCGCUCUCUCCACGCCGCCUCCCUCAACUCUGCCCGCUGCUUCUCCAGCGCCUCCAUCAGAAUGGCGUCCAACAAGGCCUUCAUCCAGGGCGAGCCCGACGCUCCUGUGCUCAAGGCCAGCAUCCCCGGACCGCAGAGCCAGAAGCGGAUUGACGAGCUGAGCGAAGUCUUUGAUACGCGAAGCAUCAACAUGAUGACCGACUUCACCAAGAGCAUUGGCAACUACAUCUCCGACCCCGACGGCAACUACCUCCUCGACGUCUACGCCCAGAUUGCCUCCAUCCCCGUGGGCUACAACAACCCCGCCCUGGCCAAGGCCGCCUCCACGCCCGACAUGGUCAACGCCAUCAUCAACCGGCCUGCGCUGGGCAACUUCCCCUCCCACGACUACGCCGAGAUCCUCAAGACCGGAAUCCUCAAGGUCGCCCCCAAGGGCCUCAACAAUGUCUUCACCGCCAUGGCCGGCUCCGAUGCCAACGAGACCGCCUUCAAGGCCGCCUUCAUCUACCGCCGCCAGCUCGAGCGUGGCGGCCCCGACGUCGAGUUCACCCAAGAGGAGCUCGACUCCGCCAUGAACAACCAGUCGCCCGGCUCCUCCUCGCUCUCCAUCCUAUCCUUCAAGACCGCCUUCCACGGCCGUCUGUUUGGCACUCUGUCCACCACCCGCUCCAAGCCCAUCCACAAGGUCGACAUCCCCGCCUUUGACUGGCCCCAGGCGACCUUCCCCAAGCUCAAGUAUCCUCUCGACCAGCACGCCGAGGAGAACGCCAAGAGCGAGCAGGCCAGCCUCGACGAGGUCGAGCACCUGAUCAAGACGUGGCACAUCCCCCCCGCCGCCGUCAUCGUCGAGCCCAUCCAGAGCGAGGGCGGCGACAACCACGCCUCGCCCAACUUCUUCCGCGGCCUGCGUGAGCUGACCAAGAAGCACAACGUGCUCCUCAUCGUCGACGAGGUCCAGACGGGCGUCGGCGCCACCGGCAAGUUCUGGGCCCACGACCACUGGAACCUGCAGGACCCCCCGGACAUUGUCACCUUCUCCAAGAAGGCCCAGGCCGCCGGCUUCUACUACGGCAACCCGGCCCUGCGGCCCAACAAGCCCUACCGCCAGUUCAACACCUGGAUGGGCGACCCCGUCCGCGCCCUGCUCUUCCGCGCCAUCGUCGGCGAGAUUGAGCGCCUCGAUCUCGUCAACCACACGGCCAAGGUCGGCGACUACCUCUUCUCCAAGCUCGAGGGCCUGCAGAAGAAGUACCCCGAGCACUUCAAGGACCUGCGCGGCAAGGGCCAGGGCACCUUCAUCGCCUUUGACAACCCCAAGCGCGACCAGUUCCUCGCAAAGGCAAAGGAGUUUGGCAUCAACAUUGGCGGCAGCGGUGCGAGCGCCGUGCGCCUGCGUCCCAUGCUGACGUUCCAGGAGCACCAUGCCGAUAUCUUGGUUGACGCUCUGGAGAAGAUUGUCAAGGCUUUGUAA